CCCAGGUGGUCAUCUUCACCAAAUUUGUAUAAAAGCAACCGGUCAGCAUCCCAAAAGAUAUCAGUCGCUUAAAGUUUCCCUUUCGUUUAUCAUCUAUAGUCCGUAACUUUUCUAUAAGCCAGAAAAUGUACAAGAAACUGUUCAUCGUGUCGUUGGUAUUGUCCGUGGCCUUGGCUGCACCAGUGGAGGACCAAUUGAGGACAGCCCGGAAUGCAGACGCCGCUGAUGACGAAGCCAGUGCCACCAUUCUGGCUCAGGAACAGAUCAUCAACGGUGAUGGAAGCUAUGCAUAUAGUUUCGAAACCAGCAACGGUAUUCGUGCCAGCCAGCGAAGUGACAACGGAAUCAACGCCAAUGGAGAAUAUUCCUACGUCGGCCCGGACGGUGUCGAAUACCAAGUGACGUACGUGGCCGACGAGACCGGUUUCAAACCAGUAGGCGCACACUUGCCAGUGGAGCCACCAGCACCGGAACAUGUAAUCAAAAUGCUGGAGGAUCUGCGAGCGGCCAACAAUCCAGAAUUCGACCUUGCCAGCCUGGACGCCAUGAUUGCCCGAUUGAAGGCUACACAGGUCUAGGAACUUCAUGGUGAUGGCUAAGUAAGAAUUGGCCGAAUUAGACUGCUGCAGAUCAUACCAAAUGGCUGUGGGAUGAAACGUUGUUCCGCGGUGUGGAAUUUUGUACAUAUUUCAAACAUUAAAAGAGACAGGACGAUUAGUGCAAUGCGUGUUUAGCUUAUAAGACUGUAAAUAUAUAUAUGUUGUUAUUUAAACCUA